AUGACCGAUCCUCGGAGUUUCUUCCCUCGAAAACAUCAGUGCGGAUGCAAACCUGCAGAUCUUAUCGCCUUCUCCGCCCGAUCGGAAACAAACAAGGAAGGCUUUUGCAAAGGAUUGGGGUCAACCGUCUCCGAGGUCCGCUAUGCCCCGGGAAAGAAAAGACUUCCCUCGAACAAAACGAGGUCGUGUUUUGACCCGAGUUCCCUUAUCCGCGACCCCGAUCUGCCCCAGGUUCUACACAGAGAGAGCAAGCAGUGGCUGUUUGGAGAAUGGUGUGGACAUCAAGGAAAGUUCCCUUCAAAUUGUGUGUCUAAGUUGGAGGAAGCUCCAAAGUUGUCUGGAAGCCUGUCAUUAAUGAUUGCAAUUGAGACGUUUCGGGCUGAGCAGCCAGGGGAUCUGUCUUUCCAAAAAGGUGACCUGCUUGUUUAUGAGGAUAAGGUUGAUGAAAAUUGGGUCAGAGGACAUCAUCUUGGUGGUUCUAGUAAGGGUAUCCUUCCCUGGAAUCACGUCUGGAAGCUUCCUCCUCUUCAGAGAUCUCUGACCUCCAAUGUGAAUGAAGUAAUAAAGCAAGGAGUGAAGGCAUUGGUGACUAAAACUGUCACUGGUCAGCUGGCAGAUGAAUUAUCCUUGAAAGAAGGAGACCUAUUCAUCAUUCAUGAAGUGGUUCUAUAUGAUUUCCUGGGUGAAUAUCCUGGAGAGUUGAGCUGUAAGGCAGGAGAUAUUGUUAGUGUUAUCCAGCAUGUUGAUCAACAGUGGACAGAAUGUGACUUCAAUGGAUCAACUGGUCUUGUCCCCCGAGCUUUCUUGAACAUUGUUGUUGACUGUGAUCAAGAGGAAAAGGAAGUGAAUGAAGCACGAGUGACUCAAGACUUCUCUCCAUUGUAUGAUGGGAAUUUGGACUUGAAGAAGGGUGACAAUAUUUCCAUUUUGAGGCAACUUGGAGGCGAUUGGUGUGAAGUGCGAGACCCAAGAGGUCGAGUGGGAACCUUUCCUUUAUCCCAUCUUGAGGUUCCAAAUAUCAAGAUUUUGAGGAAUGGAACAAAAGGUCUAACCCCUCAUAAGGGUCAGAGUCCAAUGGUCCCUAAAAGGCAGUUUGAGAAAGAUGACUUCAAACCUAGAAGUCAGUCUGGCAGUUCUCUUGAGGAAGUGAUUGAUAAGAAUUUGAGUGGCCUUGAGAUAUCUCUCAAUGCUGUAAAAACACACUUAGGAAGUAACCGGAAUUCCUUGAACACUGCAAUUGACUGGAAGGAGGAAGCCAUCAGUGUUAAUUGUGACAAAUAUUCCAGAAAUGGAUUUUCAACCUACACUGAGACUGCAGCCAAAGUGGAGAAGCCUGGCAGACCCCCACCACCUGCUUUCACAAUGAGCCAACCUGCUAUUGUUCAAGUUUCAGUUGAGGAUCCUGUCAAUGGAAAACCUGAAGUGUUGGAAGAGCUGAUGGUCAUUGCCCCUGAUAGUGAUCUUGAAACUGAGGAAGAAGAUGAAGUACAAGAGCAAAUAGUUUACAGGGGAUCAUCCAAAAGUGGUAUUGUAAGGGCCUUGUCACCUUCACGACCAGCACCACCAAUCCCUCUGCCUUUGGAUGAACGUGAUGGUGAAUCAGUUGGUGGCACUCCAGAGAUGAGUUCUGUGCAAGUUUGCAAUGGGGGACCAAAGUCUCUUCAGAUUAAUGAUGCUCAAUUCUUGAAAGAAAUGGAGAGUCAGCGGCAGAAUGUGAUCUCAGAGCUUGUCAUAACAGAAAGAGAAUAUGUUAGAGAUUUGAAGGAGACCAUUGAAGUCUUCCAUGUAUAUGACCCAGAUUACUUGGCAUCUUUAGGCAUUGACUGUCCUGCUGUCUUCUCCAGCAUAUUUGAGGUGGUGAAAUGCAGUGAGAACUUCCUUGAUCGAAUCCAACUUGCCAUGAAAGGCAUUCCAGAGGAUGAACAGGUCAUUGGUUCCUGUUUCCUGGAGUUCCUCCCUGAAAUGCAUGAUGCAUAUGUUCCUUACUGCAUCAAUCAUGAUAAUGUUCCACCCUUAAUAGAAGAAUAUGAAAGAAUGCCAAAGGUGGGAGAUGUGAUCAAAGGUGGAGUAGAGAAAUUAAGGCAGAAGGGAAUUACAUGUUUUGACAUGGAAUCCAUGCUCAUUAAACCAGUGCAGAGAAUCCUCAAGUAUCCCCUUCUGCUCAACCAGAUUGCAAAAUAUACCCCAGAUGGUCACAAGGACAAACAGCCAGUUCUGGAGGCUUUGGCAGCAAUGACCAGCCUUGCUUCAACUAUCAAUGAGAUGAAACGCAGAAAGGAGAUAGUUGUCAAGUACAAGACCAUGCGAGCUGAAUCACUGACCAGCCGCAUCUCCAGGUUCAACAUGCAUUCAAUUGAAAAGAAAACUAAUAGAAUCUCCAGGCGACUGACAUCAUAUUUCUUUCCGGGGGCUCGAGAUAUACAAUUUGACACUGAAGAGCAGAGGUUCUUGGAUGUGGAGAGAACAAGCCAGGGAUUCCUGGCAAAUGUGGAGAGUUUCAUUUCCCAGCUCAAUUUAUCUCUCUCACUCCAGCUUGUUGUGGCUGAGGAUAUAGCUGAUUACUAUGCAGAGAGAAACAAACUGACUGAAGUUGACCGCUUUCGAGGUGUUCAGCAUCUCAUCCUCUCUCAAUUUUCUUCUGAUUUUGAUCGAAUAGUAACCAAUCAGGUGAUAGGACCUUUGGUUCAACUGUGUGAAAGCUUUGCUGGUCCCGUGCAUCUCAUCAGCAAGAGACGUGACAAGCUGUAUGAUUAUGAGUCUCUGGCUCAGAAGGUUGACAAGAACAAAGAUCCUGAGAAGAGUCGACAGGCAUGUGCAAUUUCUUUUCGUGUAGUUUUGAAAGAAGAUGCAAAGAAGGGGAAGCAGGAGUAUGAGGCUCUGAAUUCCCAACUCAUUGAAGAAUUACCAAUUCUUUGCAACUAUGCUGAGGAUAUUCUUCGACAUUGUGUAAAAGCAUUUCUUCAUGCUCGGAAGAAUCUUGCUGGGCGAAUCUUCAAGGAACUCCUCGAACUUACGGAGCUUCCACUGCUGCGGACUGGAUUGUCUGAUUAUUUGGAGUCAUUUGUCGUGAAGCACAAUCUUGUUUGCAGUCAGAUGGCAAGAUAUUCUUGCAUCCCAGAUUCCUUUGCUGGAAGUGGAGAAAAAAAGAGAAAGAGUUCCCCUCGGCCUUCCCGCUCCUCUUCAAAGAAACAACUAGCUCAGGAGUCACCUCCUCAACCGCAGUCCAUCUUAAGGAACUUCACUAAGGAGAAUGUGUACAAAGCCACUGAAGAUUAUUUCCCAGCGGAUGCUAUGGACUUAAAGAUGAAGAAAGGGCAGCUUGUAGGUGUCAUAAAGAAACAGGACCCAAUGGGUGGUACCUCACGAUGGUUUGUGAAUGAUGGAGCAACAAAGGGCUUUGUCCCAUCCAAGUUUCUGCAGGCAUAUGAAGAUGACAAUCCAAGAAGACCUCGAUCAAUGACUGAAUCCCAAGACUCUUCUCCACCUCCUUCUUAUAUGGAAGUCAUGGCUUCUUCUCAAGCUGCCACAUCACCUUAUCUUCAGCGACAUUCUAUGGAACCUCAGCCAAAUUCUCAGAAAGAGCAUAGCACUAGCUGUGAUGAAGUUCUGCUGGAACCAUCUACUCCAAAUGAGAAUUCCCAGAUAUUCGAGGCUCUGUAUCCAUAUGUAAAGAGUGGAGAUGUUGACAUGAGCAUGCAACCUGGUGAUAGGUUUCUCCUGAUCCCAGUGGCCAGAGCAACUGGUGCAGACAGCUGGUGGUAUAUGAAGAACCUGGAGACACAGGCAUUGGGUUACGUCCCUGCUUCCUAUCUUCGCCCUAUAGCACCAGCUGAUUGA